AUGCGCUACAUCCGGUUCCUGAAAACUCCACUGGUAGUCCAAGAAAAGUGCAACCCCUCGAAAUCGCACAUUUAUGCCCUCAUCACAAUAACAUCCGACUUGGGAGAUUCCUUUCUUCCUCACGAUGUCACACUCUCGGCAGAACUGCUUAGCUGCAGCUCCUCCCAUGAAGAACUAGUUGUAUGGAGAACAGUCCAAUGGACCGGUGGCAUGCGCAGCCUUCCCAUCAUCCUCCCACUAAGUCGCACCAAGCCGGCAUGGCCUCUUAGAGUGCGUGUGGGCAUGGAAGCGAAAUCCGAAAGAGACGAUUUUGUGAAGCUUUAUGAUGCGGAGCUCAGGGGAGUUGUAUCUGCUUGGAGUGCGCCUCUCGAUCUAGCCAAGGGGGAAGAGGAGGCUGCCAAGUUGGUAGAAAGGCGGAUCGCUGCUUGUACAGGGGAGGUCUUCCGUAUCUGGGAAGAGACGGGAGAGAGCAUUGCUCGGCAUUUAUGGGAUGCAGGAGUGACUAUGUCAUGCCAUAUCCGCGAUAUUCUUGAGAAGGUCAACCUUGCCAGGAAGAGCGCCCUCCGAGUGAUGGAGCUAGGCACGGGCUGCGGCGUCGUCGCCAUUUCAAUCGCUCAAUGCAUGGCGAAGGCCGAAGUCAUAUUAACGGAUCUACCCGAGGUCGAAGAGAUCGUAUCCAGGAAUAUAAGCCAAACUCUGCCCAAAGCUGGUUCUGGCUUGACGUUCUGGCAAUUGGAUUGGGACGGGGACCUGCCUCAAAACCUUGUUGUACACGGACAGGCGGGUACUCCGCAUCCGGCGCUAGAUCUCAUUGUUGCAGCUGACUGUACAUACAAUCCUGAUAGCAGCCCUGCUUUGGUCAAGACUCUGGACUCACUCGCCAAAUGCUCGCCCGCUGUAACUAUCCUAAUCGCAAUGAAGAAACGACACUCUAGUGAGGAGGUCUUCUUCGACCUGAUGCGUAAAUCUGGAUUCGCCCUGAUGGAUACUACAAGCAUACCGUUGCCAGGAGACGAAGAGAGUGGCGAAGAGACAGUCUAUGUGAACCACUUCCGAUACGGGAAGGACGCCUGA